AUAUACCUUUAUCUCCUGCACUUAAGGUAGGUUUUCCAAUUCCUGCAUGAAUUAUGUAUUGUUGGCAAAACAUGUUAAACCCCCAGACAGCCCCACAGACAGUGAUUACCAACUGCUCACCAGAAAGCUCCUGAAAUUAUUAACUGCUGACCAAACAAACUGCUGAUAUUGGGGAUUUCAAUGGGGGACCGCAAUGCCAAUUUUCCCGAUAGGCGGCGCUGAUACGCAACUCGGUCUCAUUCAAACAAUAGACGUGUUUGUACAACAUAGCAGAGCAUAUAAAUCACAAUCAUAAUAAUAUAAUCAGUGAUUUAUAUGCUCUGACAUAUAAAGGCCAUUAAUAUGCCUACAGAAUGCUGCGUCCCUUUGUGUCAUGAACGGGGUGGCCAUGCAUUUCCGAAAUCUAAUCAGACCAGAUAUAUAGCUUGGAAGAAAGCAGUGCGGAGAGGCGAAAAGAACUGGUCACCAUCGAAACAUGCUGUUGUGUGUAAGCAACAUUUUGACGAUGAUGAUUACAUGGGUAAUACCACCUCAGGCACAGUAAGACUACAGAAACGCCUAAAAAGUACAGCCAUCCCACACAUUUUCCCAUGGCAUGAUUCCCCUUCAGAAUCGCAAAUGUCCAGACGGGAAAGAUCUUUUAAAAGAAAACUGGUUCUUGAGUUAUCUGAAAAGGAGAUGAUGGAAACAUUGGAAACCGAUUUAUCUUUGCCUCUGGAUCCAGUUGAAGAGAUUUUUGAUAAUGAACAAGAAGAUAACUCUGCAGAUGACUCCCUUUUGGAAACUGAAACGCCAGGACCAGUCUUAAAAGACCAAGGCUCACAAUGUACGCUUCUGCGCAGAUUUUCUGCCACAUUUUUUGUCACAGACCCAAAAGGAAUCCAUUAUUAUACUGGAUUGGAAACCUACGACAAAUUUUUGUUUGUUUUAAAUACACUUGGGCCAGCAGCCUAUAGACUGAAUUAUUUUCAUGGUGUAGAUCCUACAUUAUCAGUACCUGAUCAGUUUUUUUUAACAUUGAUUAAACUUCGUGAGCAUAUGACUAACUUUGCUUUGUCUAGAACAUUUGAUGUCAGUGAAAGUGCAGUCACUAAUAUUUUUGUUACAUGGAUUAACUUCAUGGCACUGCAAUGGGGUCAGAUUAACUGGUGGCCUCAUCACGACUGUAUUCACUAUUUUUCCCCGUCGGAUUUUAAAGCUAAAUUUCCUACUACUCGAGUUAUUUUGGAUGGAACUGAAGUACCAGUUAAAAAACCCAAGGACCCAUUGUUACAACAAGCUACAUUCUCCACGUAUAAGAACCGGAAUACUGCAAAAGUUGUCGUUGGUACAUCACCCGGUGGUUUAGUGACAUAUCUAUCAGAUGCGUAUGGUGGGUCAACUAGUGACAGACAGAUAUUGGAAAGAAGUGACCUACAAAAUAUGUGUGAUCCAGGGGACAGCAUAAUGGUCGACAAAGGAUUUAACAUACAGGACUUGUUUAUAUCUUCAAAUGUGUCAAUAAACAUCCCAUCAUUUUUUAAACAUAAAAAUCGAAUGUCUGGUGCAUCAAUAAUGAAGGACCGAAAGAUAGCCAGUAAGCGUGUGCACAUUGAAAGAAUAAUAGGACUUGGGAAAACCUACAAAAUCUUAGUUUCUCCACUGAACAGUACCGAGUUAUCACUGGCAACAGAGAUCAUUAAGGUGUGUUUUUAUUUAUGUAAUUUCAGGGAAUGCAUAGUACCAAAGAAUGCUUGAAAAUUGAUUGUAAAAUUUUUUCUGUGUUGUAUACCCUAUCGAGAGAAGAGAAAUUACACUAAAUUUUAAACAACAGUCA